CCAGUGUUGGUCCAGCCUCCAGCCAGCAAGUGGAGGUGUCCACUCACCCCGGGAUGCUCCUCCCCCGUUCAGGCUGUCCAGCUCUGGUGCUCCUCUCUGCCCUCAGAACCUUUAGAUCUGGUUCCAUGGGGAACCGCUUCACACGCUACUGAGCACUGCCCGCUGGCGUUCCACAUCGACGGAAUUAAAAGAAAAGUGGAAUUGAUGGAUCAGUGCUGAGCCUUUGGGAUUCUUCUUACCUUCAUUUUUUUGAAUGAAUUUUUGAUGUUUCUGUCUGUGGAAUGAUGGUUCUGGUGGUGUUUGUGGUUCCCCUGCUUGUUGUUGGACUGGAAGUUGUCGCUGCCACAGAGCUGCGCUUCAUACCCGACCCGCCGACGCUGAACAUCCACGGCGUCCACAGGAUUAACAAAUCCGACAACCUGGAGCUUACAUGCAGAGGUCGUCAGUACCUUGGGUGGUCCACCCCUCCUACCAGCACUCGCUUGUCCACCAGCGACUGCAGCGGGUCAGGACUCUUCUGCACCACGUUGCGGAUCUCCAACGCCACCGUCAACGAGACGGGGCAGUACCAGUGCUCCUACCGGGACCUCCAAGUGGAGGAUGGCAAGACUUCAGCGGCGGUUUACGUGUUUGUUCAUGACUACAAGGCACCAUUUGUUCCUUCGGAGAAGGAAUACGAGGUGGUGGUCAUCCGUGAAGGCGAGCGAGUGGUCAUUCCGUGUCGAGGAUCUCUGGAGAAUCUCAACGUGACGCUUCACACUAAGUAUCCAGACAAAGAAUUUCAGCCUGAUGGCAAAGAUACCCUGUGGGACGCCAGGACCGGUUUCACCAUCCCCAGUCACCUAAUCAGCUACGCCGGCGUGGUGUCCUGCCAGACUCGAAUCGAGAACGAGACCUUCAAGUCCCCGCUGUACAUCGUUGCGGUCGUCGGAUACAAGAUCUAUGACCUCACCCUGACCCCCACUCGAGUCAGGCUCUGUGCCGGCGAGCGGUUGAUGCUGAGUUGUACUGCGCACACUGAACUCAACGUCGGCAUUGCAUUCAACUGGACGCACACCGGUCUGGCCUUGGACAGUACCACCGAUACCCACACACAACUGGCCCCAGAGAGAGUUUCAGGGCCCGCCCACACCACAGCUCACAAGAAGAAGCUGUGGAACUCGCUGGAGUUGUCCAACACGCUCAUCGUGGACAACGUGACGGUGGAGCACUCUGGAAAAUACGUCUGCACUGCCUCUAGUGGACAGAUGGAUAUAAGCGCAUCGGCCUUCCUCGUCGUUUACGAGAAGCCUUAUAUUGAAAUGAAGGAGCCAUGGACAAAGGUUUGGGAGGUCAAUGUGGGGGAUCAGUCUUCCACAGUCAUACCUGUCAAGUACUCGGCAUACCCUGAACCCAGCUUUAAAUGGUUGAAAAAUAGCCUCCCGCUGAAGGAUGACUACAGGAUCAAGCAGAGAAGCGAUGCCCUCAUUUUCCGUGGAGUCACGGAAACGGACGCGGGAAACUAUACCAUGGUCCUGACCAACAAGAUCACCAAAGAGGAGCACAAGAGAUCUUUUCAGCUUCUGGUCAAUGUUCCUCCUUCUAUCAUUGAGAAGGAAGUGGCGGUGGACACGGACGUGUACCUGUAUGCAAGCAGCCCCACGCUCAGGUGCACCGCCCGCGGCUUCCCUACACCAGCACACAUCCAGUGGCAGUGGAUGUCCAAAGACGACUGUCCCGAGGCCUUCGUACCCGGGCUGCCAAAGGCUGAGAUGCCGUUACUGCAUUGUAAAGCUUGGCGGGAUAUCAACAACAGCACUGGACACAACCCUGUGGAGCGGAUCUCCACUGACGUCGAUCACGACCACAAGAAAAUUGUGAGCUCUUUGAAGAUCCAGAAAGCUGAGGUCCAUGCUCUCUACCGAUGCAUGGUGGCCAACAAAAUUGGAGAAGAUUCACGCGUAAUUUUUUUCCACGUGACACGAGGCCUCGAGCUGAGCAUGUCCCCGUCCAACGACCCUCUGGAGGAAGACCGCGUGGUCCUACGCUGCAAGGCGGACAGGUUGGUGUACGGCAACCUGACCUGGUUCCGCGUCGCCAACCAGUCCGAGUCGGCACUGGCGCCGUCGGUGCAGCCGUGCCGCUCGGUGGCGCUGCAGCGUACGCCACUGUCGCGCGCCGCGCUGUCCGGUGAGCACGGCGCCAACCUGACUUUGGAGCUGCUGCUGCCCAAAGCCUCCCGCCAGGAUGAGGGCAUGUACGCCUGCCAGGUGGAAAACAUCAAGACCAAGGAGAGAACCUGCCUGCUGCGUCAUCUGUCUCUCAGAGGUCUUGAGGCCCCAAGGAUCCUCAACAACUUUACGGACCAAAAAGUCAACGUGAGCGCCACCGUCGUGCUCCUGUGUGACGCAGCCGGGACGCCGGAACCGACGAUGUUGUGGACCAAAAACAACCACACGGUGGUGGAGGGCUCCGGCGUGAUCCUGAGCCGCAGCAGUCACGUGCUGACCAUCCAGCGUGUGAAGAAGGAGGACGCCGGCUUGUACAGCUGCUCUGCUUGUAACAGCCGCGGAUGUGACAGCGCUCAGGCCUUCUUGACAACUGAAGGUGCAGAGGAAAAGACCAACGUGGAGCUGAUCGUUCCAAUCGGCUCGGUGGUCAUCGCCAUGUUUUUCUGGCUGCUGAUCGUCUUUGUCAUCCGCGGGAGGAAGAGGCCAAACGGUGGCGAUUUAAAGACAGGCUACCUGUCUAUGAUCCUGGACUCGGAGGACGUGCCCAUGGACGAGCAGUGCGAGAGGCUCACCUACGACGCCAACAAAUGGGAGUUCCCUCGGGACAGGCUGAAGCUCGGCGAUCCUCUGGGACGAGGGGCGUUCGGCCAAGUCGUGGAAGCGGCUGCCUUUGGUAUCGAGAAAGCCACCACCUGCACCACCGUGGCAGUCAAGAUGCUGAAAGAGGGAGCCACGUCCAGCGAGUACAGAGCCUUGAUGUCGGAACUGAAGAUUCUCAUCCACAUUGGACAUCAUCUUAAUGUGGUCAACCUGCUGGGAGCCUGCACCAAGCCUGGAGGUCCCCUCAUGGUGAUUGUAGAGUACUGCAAACAUGGGAACCUCUCCAGCUACCUGAAGAGCAAGCGUGGAGAAUACAGUCCAUACAAGAGAAAGAGAACGGACAGCCGGAGGUGGACAUCUGCAGGGGAUGAUGUCACUGAAGGAGAUCUCGGUCUGGGGAAGAUCGCCCGGUUGGACAUCUGCACGGGAACGGCCGUCUGCUCCAGCAUUGACGCUUCAGGAAACAGUGUCAGUCCUCAGGACGAGAGCUCAGACGAGGACCACCUGACCAUGGAGGACCUGAUCUGCUACAGCUUCCAGGUGGCCAAAGGCAUGGAGUUCCUCUCCUCCCGCAAGUGCAUCCACCGAGACCUGGCAGCCAGGAACAUCCUGCUUUCCGAGAACAACGUGGUGAAGAUCUGCGACUUUGGCCUGGCGAGAGAUGUCUACAAAGACCCCGACUACGUCCGCAAGGGAGACGCACGUCUACCUUUGAAGUGGAUGGCUCCUGAGACCAUCUUUGACAGAGUCUACACCACACAAAGCGACGUGUGGUCCUUUGGGGUCCUUCUCUGGGAGAUCUUCUCCUUGGGAGCGUCUCCUUAUCCCGGAGUCUCCAUCGACGAGUCCUUCUGCAGGAGGCUCAAAGAAGGCACCAGGAUGAGACCUCCAGAGUACGCCACCUCUGAGAUAUACCAGACCAUGCUGGACUGCUGGCUGGAUCGUCCCACAGACAGACCCACCUUUACUGAACUGGUGGAACAUCUGGGAAACCUGCUACAGGCCAGCGCUCGCCAGGAUGGGAAGGACUACAUCCCUCUGACUGCAGGAAAUGAUGUGACGUCCACGCCAGUGACCUCUGACCCCAGGAGGCCUCAGGGUGGAGAGACCCUGAACGCUCAGCCUCACUACGACAACGCCCUGUCUCUAGGGCAGAGCGAAAGGUGCCGACUCAGCAUCAAGACGUUUGACGACAUCCCUGUGGAGCACAGCGUUUUAGUGGCUCACAUGGACUGUUCUCCAGAGGUCAAAGAUCCACAGCUGAUCACCACGCCCAACUUGAGUCAGCUGCUGCGCUGCAAGAGCAAAGAGUCGCUGGCGUCCGAGUCGUCCAAUCAGACGAGCGGCUACCAGUCGGGCUACCACUCGGACGACGCCGACGCGCCCGUCUACGCCAACGAGGAGGCCAUCAUGAAGCACAACAUGCUGAAGAAGCCUCCUCCUCCCCCUCCUCCCCCCGCUCCUCUCGCCGACAAGUUCAACGCCGAGAUCCGCUACAGCACGCCGCCCGUCUGACCUUUGACCCCUCCCCCUUCACUUGUGGCUGUACAGUAUUAUGGCGGCGUAGGAACAAUUGAGUUGUCACGUGGUGACUUCACGCACGGCGCUUGUAAACGCUAUCGUGUUUACACAGCCCGCUGACGGGAGGACACGCCCACUUCCUGAGGCCCGGUCCACCUACUUCCUGUAUGACAGGAAACACAUUUUUAGAGACGUGCAUCAGCUUUCUUCUCCCCCCCCCCCCAGGAAGUUCUCUCUGUUGAAAGUGUGUACAGGUUAUUCCUCACAAUAUGAGUAAUAAACAAACUAGUUUUAUAAAACAAACCUCAGGUGUGUUGGCAGAAUACUUGGCCACGUUACGCUGUUUAGUUCGCUUUGUUGUCGACGUCGGCGUCCAUCUGGAGUGGGCGACGAGUGAUGAAGACGCAUGAGAGCACUAAUUGUGUUUGGUCUGCACCACAAACUCACUGAUUGCUGCAACAAUGGACUAUUUUUCCACACAAAAUAACUGCCAAAUGUUGUGAAGAGGUCAAAAAAAAUGCAUGGAGUUACAAGAAUGAUGUCAAUUUAUGUGAUUUAAGUCAGUAAAAAAUUACAUGGAAAAAUAGUUGCAUUAGAAAAAUAAGGGAGAAAAAAAUUGUCAAAAAAUGAACAUUUUUUAGAAAUAAAAUUACUAAUAAAAGUAUUUAAUUUUCCUGAGGGAACUCUCCUAAAGGAAUCAAUAAAGUACUAUCCAUCCAUCUAAUAAUACAAGAACAAAGAAAAAACACUGAUUUCUCUUUAACAUUUUUUCACACAAAAUAACUACCAAAAAUAGUCGAAAAAGUUGUGAAGAGGUAAAAAAAAUAAAAAUGUAUUGAGUUUCAAGAAUUAUGUCAAUUUCCGUGAUUUAAGUCAGUAAAAAAUUACAUGGAAAAAUAGUUGCAUUAGAAAAAUAAGGGAGAAAAAAAACUGUCAAAAAAUGGAAAUUUUUUAGAAAUAAAAUUACUAAUAAAAGUAUUUAAUUUUCCUGAGGGAACUCUCCUAAAGGAAUCAAUAAAGUACUAUCCAUCCAUCUAAUAAUACAAGAACAAAGAAAAAACACUGAUUUCUCUUUAACAAUUUUUCACACAAAAUAACUACCAAAAAUAGUCGAAAAAGUUGUGAAGAGGUAAAAAAAAUAAUGCAUUGAGUUACAAGAAUGAUGUCAAUUUACGUGAUUUAAGUCAGUAAAAAAAUACAUGAAAAAAGAGUAGCAUUAGAAAAAUAAGGACGUGGGAGAAAAUUAAAAAAAAAAAAUUAGUAGAAAAAAUUUACUAAUAAAAGUAAUAAUAAAAGAACAAAUUCAUAGUUUUGCGAGAAAAAAAGUCUUUAAUAUUACGAGAAUGAAGUCGAAAUGUACUGUACUCCAUAUAUAAUAUCAUGAGAAUUAAGUAGUAGUAUUACAGGAAAUAAAGUAGUGAAAGGACAAAAAAAUGUAAUAUUACAAAAUAAAGGUAGAGAGAAAAGUGUCGUAACCUGAUGACAACUAAGAAAAAAAUGUCUCCCAAAAAAGUAGUUAUUACAAGUACAAAGUCACGAAGAGGUAAAACAGCAUAAAGUUACAAGAAUGAUGUCA